CGUGCACAAGGACAGAGCUUUAGGUCAUGACGUAACGCAAACCUGUUCCGAAGUUCCGUGCACGCGCCGCUUCCUACAAACGUCCUAUUGGUUGAGCAUCCUCCAUAUUUGCCAUUCAGACACGCCCACAAGCGCGCGCUCCCGACAGCGGCUUGGGCGAAAAGAGGGGAACUUUUCAGUGGGCUGCGGUUGCACUUGCGUGCGCGUGUGCUUCUAUGUGAGCCGCUUAACGUUAUUGAUUCCCAGCGGUCAUUUUAUAGUAAUAGAAAAUCAGCAAGACGAAUAAACAACACGCUCUGUGAGAAUAUGCCACCACGGUCAGGUGCAAUUUCUGUCCUCGUGACGUCUCAGUGGCGUCUCAUUAACUUCACAUUGCAUCUCAUAACCAGCUGUGAGUAAAGGCCCAGGGUGCCUAGGAGGGACACAGCUCAGGAAAAAUACAGGCAGCUGUUGAGGUGAGGCAGGAUCAUGGAGGCAGGCAGCGGCACUGCUGCAGCGCCACACAACGCGGCUCCCACACCUCCAGGAGACAUGGCAAUUCCCGAUCCCCUCCACGGCCCCCACUCGUCAGAGCAGGAGAAGGAUGAGCAGGAAAGGAGGCCGAAGACAGCAGAGAGAGCAGGCUGGGAGGACGCCAUCGCUCUUAUGGCGAGGAGUGCGACCGUGCUACCAGAGCUGUCUGCUGACUCGUCUCUCCGCUCAUGCAUCAGCACAGCCAGCAUCAAGGUCGAGAACGUGAAAAAGCUGCCUCUCAGUAAAGGCCAUUUCCCCCGCCUGGCAGAGUGCGCCCACUUCCACUAUGAGAAUGUCGACUUUGGCUCUCUGCAGCUAACUCUGACCGGUGAUGAGAACGAUCUGACUCACAGCAGCCUCAACUCCAGGGAACUGGUGUAUCUUGUCCAGAUUUGUUGCCAGGGGAAGAAGUGGAUUGUGAAACGGUCAUAUGAAGACUUUCGGGUGCUCGACAAGCACCUCCAUCUCUGUUCAUAUGACAGAAGGUUUUCUCGGCUCAUGGAGCUUCCUCGAUUUGAAAAUCUGAAGGUCAAAUCAGAGCCUCUUUCCCAGAUGCUUACUGCCUAUCUUUCCCGUCUCUCAACCAUCGCUGACAACAAGAUAAACUGUGGGCCUGCCUUGACAUGGAUGGAGAUUGAUAAUAAAGGAAACCGCCUGCUGGUCCAUGAUGAGUCCUCCAUUAAUGUUCCAGCUGUCGCUGCUGCUCACGUCAUAAAGCGCUAUAAUGCCCAGGCUGCCGAUGAACUCUCUUUCGAGGUUGGAGACAUAGUUUCAGUCAUAGACAUGCCUCCAAAGGAAGACACUGGAUGGUGGAGAGGAAAACAUGGCUUUAAGGUGGGAUUUUUCCCUUGUGAAUGUGUGGAACUGAUCAGUGAGAAAAUUCCUCCACAAGUGACCGGUGCACUGCCAAAACCAGUGUCUAAUAAGCAUGGGAAGCUGAUCACAUUCCUGCGUACUUUCAUGAAGUCGAGGCCUACGAAACAGAAGCUGAAGCAGAGAGGCAUUCUGAGGGAGAGGGUGUUUGGGUGUGACCUGGGAGAGCACCUCCUCAAUUCAGGUCAUGAUGUCCCUCAAGUCAUCAAGAGCUGCGCUGAGUUUAUUGAAAAGCAUGGGGUUGUAGACGGCAUUUACCGCUUGUCUGGGAUUUCCUCUAACAUUCAGAAACUACGGCAUGAGUUUGACUCGGAACACAUUCCAGACCUCACUAAGGACACAUAUAUCCAGGACAUCCAUUCAGUAGGGUCCCUUUGCAAGCUCUAUUUCCGCGAGCUUCCGAACCCCCUGCUCACCUACCAGCUCUAUGACAAAUUCUCAGAAGCAGUAUCGGGAGCCACAGACGAUGAAAGGCUGGUCAAAAUCCAUGAUGUCAUUCAGCAGUUGCCUCCUCCACACUACAGAACACUCGAGUUCCUUAUGAGGCACUUGGCUAGAAUGGCGACCUUUAGUUACGUCACCAACAUGCACUGCAAGAACUUGGCAAUUGUCUGGGCUCCCAAUCUCCUCAGGUCAAAACAAAUAGAGUCAGCCUGCUUCAGUGGCACAUCUGCCUUCAUGGAGGUGCGCAUUCAGUCAGUGGUAGUGGAGUUCAUCCUCAAUCACGUUGAUGUCCUCUUCAGCUCCAAACUCAGCACUCUGAUCCGUGAAAGCACAGGCCAUGCCACUUUGUCCCGGCCCAAGUCUCUGCUCGUGUGCUCCCCAUCCACUAAGUUGCUGUCUCUAGAAGAGGCACAAGCCCGGACUCAGGCCCAACUCGCCUCUCCUGUCUCCCCUGAAAGCAAGUACAUUGAAGUGGGAGAAGGUCCUGCUGCCCUGCACGGAAAAUUCCACACCAUCAUCGAGUUUCCCACGGAAAGAAAGAAAGCCCAGACAAAGGUAAAGAAAUCACCUGUGGCAAGCUGGCGUUCAUUCUUCAGUAUGGCAAAGUCAUCUACCACGACCAAGCGCAAGCUGCUCCGUCAUCCCAGUGAGCCAAAUAACAUGAAGACCUCACAGGCCCUGUCAGGUGGUAGAGGAGAUACUGGAACACUACGAUCAUCUAAAAGUGAAGAAUCGUUGUCAUCAAAUAAUCUUGAGGGUGGAUCAGCGAUGUAUCAGGCACGCAGGCCUCGCUCUACUAGUGUUGCCUUGUCCACUUCUUUCAACGAAGAGCUGCUAAACAAUCGAGUUCACAGGGACUCUCUGUUAAGCCAUAAAGAAAGGAAAGACACAGCAUUGUCCACCACUUGUGUGCCUGCUCUCAUAUCGGCCCCACACUCUGCUGAUGCAGAUAUUGGCAAGGCUUCUCUAGACUUUGACCCAAUUUCGUUUCAGUGCAGUACAACACCAAUUGAUGCUUCCAUGUCUGAGGAAAGAAAAAGAGGCAGCAGACGGAAGACUGGAGGCAGUUCCUGUGAAUCAGAAACCUUGAAAAAAGUCACCCCUACAGGACCAUCUGAUGCAAUUCCAACAGUUUCAGAGGACACAAAUCAUAAGCACUCAAUGUCAGCGAAAUUUGCAACAACUGUUACAGCUAAAGAAGACCGGACAUCCUCUCAGACUGCUCCUGUGGGUCUCUCCCACAAACCUGAGGUUGCAUUAGAGAUGAAAACUCUGUCUGUGCCUCCCACUGAAGUGGUAUCACCCCAGGUCAUGCCCAGUGACUCAACACUGGGACAAGAUUGUCAAAGCAAACCUUCUUUACUCCGGACAGAGGCUGAAAGCCUUGAUGAAACUCCCAGUGAAGAAACAAGACCAGUGAAGCAAACAGAAUCAGGUGCUGUGACCUUUGACUGCACUCCUGGGCUGGUAAGAUCAGUGUCUCUCAUAACUUCCCAGCCUGCUGUAAAGAGUGCUGCACGUAUGUUGGCUCUGGCCUUGGCCGAAUCGGCGCAACAGGCCACCUGGCUGAGCAAACGAGGGAGCUCAGAACCACCAACUCCUGUUUCUCCAAGUCGCAUCCAGGACCCACUUUCCAUACUGCAGUGGCCUGCAAAACCUUCUCCACAAGUCCAAACAUCAUCCUCCAGUAGAGGACUUUGCUGUGGCACUUGCAAAACGUUUGGAAAACCUUCAAGCGUUAUCUCUACAGGGAGUUACACUGAUGCCGGCAGCCUGCAGAGCACCUGUGCAUGUCAUGGCAGCGAGAGCGGACUUAGCUACUCUGAUGGAGGUGAAGUUUCUGCUGAAAGUCAUGAAACAAAUUUGCCCCCCCAGGACUUGCCUGUUGCUAAAAGUUUAGAUACUGAGCAGAAUGCUGAAAGCCAUGUGCCCAUGAGAGAAAAUGUCCGCCAUGUUGGAGUUGGUACAGAUGGUGGUAGCCCAGACCGAAGCUCUGAGAUAGAGUCAUAUAAGAACCGGAUGCCCUCUCCCUCACAGACGGAGACAUCACUCUAUACCGUUGACAGUCAGUCAGCCAGGGCUUCUCUUCUCAAUAAGCAAGCUGCCAAUGCUUCCAACUUCCAUGUGAUAUUAGCUGAAGCUUGUAUGCCAGCCUCAGUGCAUGAUGUUCUUCCACAACCUCCAGUUUCUCCUCUGACUUCCACUUACCAGUGCAGCCCCAAAGAUGAGAUGUUAAGGCCAUCAGGUCAAACUUACUGGUCUGGUCCAUUUGGACAGACCAGUUCUUUUCAGCCUGAUUACAUGCAGUACCAAGCUAAGAUCUUCUCCAAGGAUCACUACAACACCCUGGCACCAAGGUCCCUCCACCAGUCCAUUAAAUACAAGAGUCAACAAAGGAAUGAACACUCUCCAAGCUUCCUUUACAGACAGUGUGGUCCAAGAUAUCCACCAAUGGAUGGUGCGUCUGUGUAUCCCACUAUUCGUAGGGUGCGCUCCAUGCAUGCACCACCAGAGGACACGUUUUUCUUCCCGCAGCCAUCUUACCAGACCAGUACUUAUCGCAGACAAGUAUUCUCAGAUAUCCACCAAGUGAGGCCUUAUUUUGAGGAUGGUAAAGUUCAAUAUAGGUACAAGCCCUAUUCAGGAGCGAAGUAUAACAACCUGGAUCAGUAUCGAGUAAGCAGUCAUGGAUAUGGCCACUCCUACACCCUCCUCAGUCAGCCUGCCAAUCCUGGUAGAGUGAAGAGCAAAGCUGAGAACUAUCACAACCCCCUCAUCAACAUGCCCUAUAGCAGAGAAGCUAGUUUUAUAAAACAAAGCACUGGCCAUUUUCCAAGAACAAGAAAUGUUGGUCUGUAUGAGGGUUUUGAUGCUGGAUUAUCAGAUCGACAUUUCAGUCCAUCUAUUAGACAAGUAAAUAUGGAGAAGAAGAGACUGCAAGUUGUUGUUCCCCAGCCCCAUCUUCAGAAAGAGAGCCAGUGGGGCCAAGAAACAAUGCACAGUAGGAGUAAAUCUGAUUCAGCCAAAGAUUUGCUUAUUUCUACUGAGGGGGCUGAUGGGAAAUACAGGGUUACCAUGGUGUCUCAUUACUCCCCUGAACACCCAAUCUCUGAACCUAACGUACCCCUUCCCACUCAGACAGAGAAACAUAGGAGUGGGCACAGUGCCAAACCUGCCCUGACGCUAAAGCAAAGUCGGUCUAUGCAGAACUACACUCAGCACACGCUAGAGGUCUUGCCACAAUCGCGUAAGCUAACUCUGCAUAAAGAAUACAGCUGCCCUGAUUUUAAACACCGCGAUUCUUCUGAGCACAGCAGUGGCCGACUUCAUAGCCAGGAUAAGCUGAUUAGGAUCCACGGCAGCCAUGCUAAAGAGGACUUUCAAUACGCUUGGGUUAAGGGACGCGAUUUGCAAAGAUCAGCGAGGUCACAGAGCAUGAAAAGUAAUCAACAACCCAGACAAGCCAAAAUGACACUGGAGCAUGAUCAAAGAUUUUCAUAUCCUGUCCAGACCAGGCCGAGGACUCGUAGCAUGUUUGCGCCGUCUCGUACUGAUUACGUGGAUGGUUAUGUGUCUUUGCAGCCCAAGGGUCAUGGGGAACCUGGAGCCUGUCCCAGGGAGCAUGGGACACAAGGCGGGGUACACCCUGGACAGUGUGCCAAUCCAUCGCAGGGCACAUUCACAUACCCAUUCACACACCCAUUCAUACAAUAUGGACAUGCCAAUCAGUCUACCAUGCAUGUCUUUGGACUGGGGAAGGAAAGGAAGGAGGAGAAGGGAAGGAGUACCUGGAGGUUACCCCUGCAGCACGGGGAGAACAUGCAAACUCCCCACACACAGGGUCGAGGUGGAAAUUGAACCCCCAACCCUGGAGGUGUGAGGCGAACAUGCUAACCACACAGUGUGCCAAGUCGUUCUUCAGCUGUUUCUAAUUUCAUAACCAUUAAAUAAAUCUUCUGAAAUAAAUUUCAACGUAUCACUUGGUCUUACAAGGUAUUAAUUAACUGAUCAAACUGGUAUUUGAUUAGUCUUCAUAUGUCUUUGAGCUGCUUUGAUGUUAUACCACAACACCAAAUGGCAUCCAAGGAACAGUUUCACAAAUUCUUAAUGUCUUUUGUGUCUUUUUAUAUAGUGACUCCAAAAUCUAUGAUGAAUGCUGUCAACACAUCUGCGGGUAAUUUAAUGUGGAAUAACAAUUUAUUGUUGUAGACACUGUAAGGCCCUGAUUUACUAAGUUUCAAAAUAAUGUGGUAAUUUGUGUGUGCAAUGGGAUAAAUUGCAAAUUCAAAUCUCAAAGAUUUCUGGAAUAAUAAACUGAAUUUGAAAACAUGACAAAGACUAGUGAGACGGGUUGAAAUAGUCUUCAAAACACAUUGUGUAUAAAUGAAUCCAAGAUUGUCAACAUGUUAAACUAUUCAAAGACUCUAUUUAAAUGCCUUUGGCAUUAGAACAUGCAGUGAAUAUCUCGGAUCAAUCAGAAAAACAUUCCAAUUUUUUCCCCUAUUGCUCAAUUGCGUUAAACUUUCCAUAUAAUUUUAUCUUCUGGAAAUGUAAUACAUACCUUUUUGGUAAUGUUUAUGUGCACACAAUUGCUGUCCCUGAAGUGACUUUUAGUUAAAUCACGUUGGGUGUGCAAGAUAACUGAAAUAAACACAAACCUUUAGUAAAUCAGGGCCUGUAUGCAUUGCAUACCAUAUUGAUUACACUUGGAAAACUUCACUCAUAUAUUCUUGUUACAGAGGUUUUUAUUUGCUCUUUUGAACCAGUUUGAUUACUUGUACAUUCCUUUAAGAACAGAGGUCAAAGCAUUCAAAAAUGCAUACACAGGUCCGACCAAAAUUGUGCUAGCUCCAUUUCCUGAGUCAUUCUUCUUUAAUUAGUUUUGCAUCAAAGUUGUCAAAUGAAGUCAAAUGUAUUCCAAUUUAGCUUUAACACAAAAAGAGUUAUGUCCCAAAUGAAGCAGAAGUUGCUGUUUCAGCUGUAAUGUAUAUAAGUCUUGUGGUGUUGAAUAUCUUUUCCUGCUGUUUAUCGCUUAUGUGUAGUAGGUGGAUAGGCAAGCACUUUAUGAUUAAACCCAGUCUGUGAAACAACCAGACACUUUAAAAUAUUGAAUUUAAUAAAGAUAAUUAUUUUACAACUUCAAUAUGCAAUGUAGAGUUGAGGAUAAGGAUUGAGGAUAAGAGUGAUCCUGGGACUAAAAAAACAGGGUCAUGAAGUUGAAUUGACCAUUAAAUGGUUACAAAUGGGAAUAUAAUGUAAAUUCAUAUAUUUAUUUAAAUGAAAACAGUCAUUCUUGUGUAGUUCAAUAUAUAUGUAAUGUUUGUUAUUCUAAUGUUUUUUAUGUUGUCCAAGUUUUUUUUUAUGUUGUACUAUUGCUUUCAUUAAAGUUGUCUAUUCAAAAUG